AUGGCUUCUGUUGAUCCUUGGAGAUUAUCUAAUAACAUCCAUGUGGUUCUCUUUCCGUUCAUGUCAAAAGGCCACACAAUCCCAAUCCUCCACCUAGCCCGGCUCCUCCUCCACCGCCGCAUCACCGUCACCAUCAUCACCACCCCCGCCAACCUCCCCUUCAUCUCCGCCUUCCUCUCCGACACCAGCGCCUCCGUCCUCCCCCUCCCCUUCCCGGACAACCUCCCCGACAUCCCCUCCGGCAUCGAGAGCACUGACAAACUCCCCUCCAUGUCCCUCUUCGUCCGCUUCGCCAACGCCACCAAGCUCAUGCAACCCCACUUCGAACAAGCCUUGAACUCCCUCCCAAACAUCACCUUCCUCGUCUCGGACGGGUUCUUGGGCUGGACCGUGGACUCCGCCUCCAAAUUGGGCAUCCCAAGACUGGUCUAUUACGGAAUGAACAACUAUGCCAUUACCAUAUCCGCCGACGUGGCCCAAAAUCGGCUUCUUUCAAAGCUCAAUUCAGACGACGAGCCAUUCACAGUCACUAGCUUUCCUUGGAUCCAACUCACAAGAAACGACUUCGAGCCACCGUUAUCUGACCCAGAUCCCAAUGGCCCAAAGUUCGGGUUUAUAAUGGAGCAAGCUAAAUCAACAACGGAGAGUUAUGGGCUUUUAGUAAAUAGCUUCUACGAUCUGGAGCCACAAUUCGUGGACUACGGGAAUUCUCACUGGCAGCCCAAACUCCUGUGUAUUGGGCCUCUCUGUUUGGCCCAAGAACUCAAGCGCAAAUCAGAACCAAAGCCCAAAUGGAUUGAUUGGCUAGACAGAAAGCAAGAACAGGGGAGCUCUGUUCUUUACGUGGCGUUUGGCUCUCAAGCAGAGAUAUCAGAAGCACAAUUACAUGAAAUUGAAGUUGGUUUAGAGAAAUCAAUGGUGAAUUUUUUGUGGGUUAUGAAGAAAAAAGAGGAAGAACUAGGAAAUGGGUUUGAAGAGAGAGUUAGAGAGAGAGGAUUAAUAGUGAGAGAAUGGGUUGAUCAGAGGGAGAUACUUGGGCAUGAGAGUGUGAAGGGGUUUCUGAGUCACUGCGGGUGGAACUCGGUGGUGGAGAGUAUAUGCGCGAAGGUGCCGAUACUGACGUGGCCGAUGAUGGCGGAGCAGCACCUGAAUGCGAGGAUGGUGGUGGAGGAGAUAAAGGUGGGAGUGAGGGUGGAGACUUGUGAUGGGUCGGUGAGAGGGUUUGUGAAGUGGGAAGGGUUGGAGAAGAUGGUGAAGGAGUUGAUGGAGGGUGAGAAGGGGAAGAUGGUGAGGAAGAAGGUGGUGGAGGUGGGUCACGCGGCGAAGAGAGCUAUGGAGGAAGGUGGGUCUUCAUGGAAGGAGUUGAAUGAACUUAUCAAUGAGUUACAUGCAAUGAGACUUGUACCUCACUGAUUAUUUGUGUACUUGUAUAUUUUGAAUAUUCUAUCUAAUUAUAGCCCUUUUUCUACUUCUAAAUGAGAUAAUAAUUAUAUUAAUUAAGGAGUAAUAUAGAACUAAUACGAGAUCGAAAUCACUGUGGAAGAAAGAAGCAAUUUUUUGGUGUUUGAAAAAUAUAAAUUUACACACAAUUUAUUUAAUCCGAUAAAGCCAUUGAAGCUCAUUUUUUGUUUCAUUUUUUGUUUUUAAAUGAUAAAAUAAACACACAUUCUUUUAAUAACGUCUAGCUUAAUUUUUUUUUUUUAACUGAUAAAAAUAACUAAAGUGUAAAUGUGUCUGUAAGAGAC